AUGGUUGAACCCGCAUUUUUUAUCAGAAAGAGGAAAACAUCAAAUGCUCAGAGAAGAAAAAACCUCAAGGCUCUUACCCCACUGAAGCAUUAUCAUUACAAUGAAGUGAAGAGGUUUACAAACUCAUUUGCUUGUGUAGUUGGGAAAGGAGGAUUUGGAACUGUUUACAAAGGAAACCUUCCUGAUGGCCGUAAGGUCGCGGUGAAGGUUUUGAAGGACUCAAAGAGAAACGGUGAAGAUUUCAUCAACGAAGUCGCCAGUAUGAGCCAAACAUCUCAUGUCAACAUUGUUUCUUUGAUUGGAUUCUGCUAUGAAGGAUCAAAAAGAAUGAUUGUUUAUGAAUUUCUAGAGAAUGGGUCUUUGGAUCAAUUUAUAUCCACAAACGCGGCCUCAUCAAUUGCGGAAUGGAGAAGAACGCUUUACGAGAUUUUACUAGGAGUUGCUCGUGGUCUUGAGUACUUGCACUACGGCUGCAAAACAAGGAUUGUACAUUUCGACAUUAAACCGCAGAACGUGUUGUUGGAUUGCAAUCUUUGCCCCAAAGUUUCUGACUUUGGCCUCGCUAAGCUCUGCGAGAAGAAAGAGAGCAUCAUGUCACUGUUGGACACAAGAGGCACAAUAGGGUACAUUGCGCCAGAGAUGAUCUCCAGAGUUUAUGGUGGUGUGUCUCACAAGUCAGAUGUUGAAAGACAAGAGAACUAUGAGAAGAUAACUUGUUAUUCACGUUAA